UCUGUAGGCAUAUGUUAGCCUGGAACUCAUAGCAAUCCUCCUGCCUCAGUCUCACAGUGCUAGGAAAGCAGGCACAAACUACUGUGCUUAGAGGGGCAAUGUUUUUGACAAACCACCAAAGCCAUCUACUUAAAACCAUCCACAUAGUUAUAAUCUGAUGUUUGUUUCUCCUAUGACGUGUUCUGGAGGGACUUUGUUUUCCAGGGCACACAUGAGAGCAGUUCUCUAUGAGAAAGCAUUUCUAAGAGCAGCAAGGAAUCAGCUGCCACAAUUUUACCCAAACAGGGUCCUCACAAGCUUCCUGUGAAGAUGCGAUCUGGUUCUGGUUUUACGAAUGGGUCUAGCUGUUUCGGCUGUGUGCUGCUUUUGGCAUCGAGUAAAUACAGGGGGGAUUACAGAGACAGAGAAGGGCAUCUGAGAUAGUCCAUAGGAAUGGCGAUGGGAGAUAGGGCGCGGGAGUCAAGGAACACUUUUGAGAACGGGCGGCGCUUUGGGGUGAAUGAGGAGCAGGAUUUUAGCUGCUAGGGAAUCGCUGAAUUUGUCUAUAGAAGGGGUCCUAGUGAGAAAGAGAGUCUGUCUGCUCAAGGUGAGAGUUGAGGCCUUAUGUGUCUGACCUCAGAGGAAGAGGAUUAGGAUAGGUCAGGUCCCAAGACCUCUCCCUGCCUCCCUUUGUUCCUUUGUCAGAGUAGACAGAAGGACCAGCACCUUUCUUUUGUGGCAUGGCGGCGCUCUUCCAUGUGACUCUGUGUCUGAACUGUGGAGUCCUACAGAAGGUGCCCCCCCCCCCUUUUGUAGAAACAGUUGGAAGAGAACAAAGGAAAACCAGGCCACGGAGAUGAGACUCCGACAUACCGGGACCAGAGGCUCAUUCAUUCUAAUCUGAAGUCCCAGAGAUGUAGCGUUAAGGUCCCUCACGGGUAUUCCUUAGAGCAUCUCAGAGGACGCUUGAUAUCUCUUCCUGAUAGAUCCCUAUUGUGGACGCCUGGCCAUCUAGACACUUGUGACAUGCUGCUGAAAACUCGCUUUUGUUUUCCACCUACAAGCAAUAUAAGAGAAUGUCCUUUAGGAGAAACCACUGAAAGCCCUCCAGCGUCCAUGCUGCCCAUGUGGGCCAUAGUGGCUGUCCUGAGGGUAGAUGAGACACGCCUCAGAGACUGAAGAUUAUGUCUAUAUAGGGAGUUGCUGCGUCUUCUGCCUCUCCACCAGCUCCAUAUAUGGCCAUCUACUAAAGGCCUGGCCUGUCACUCCACCUUACAGAUUCGUGCGGGGCUUUGGUUCUUGUCUACCGGAUCAGCAAUAAAGGUUUUCCUUUGGCUGCAUUCUAGUGGGGUCACUAGGCAAGCUCACCAUGCCUAACCGCUUACAACGUGGGGAGCCACGGCUCUGAGAGCUGAACCCAUGUGUCGCUCAGUCACGAUGGGCUGUGUGGGAAGAUCACUUCACUCCGCACAGAGCCCUUUUCUCCUGUCUGGCAUUUUCUGAGCCCUACAGGGCCACAUCUCAGCAUUUCUUCCUUUAUGUACUAUUUUAAUUUUGUGCUAUAGGAAGAAACUUCUGUCUUGUCUUUUGGUUUUAUUUCUGGGAGUAAGAUACACAGUCCACUCUUUGCCAGAGAAAUCUUAGGUGAUGCUUCAAAUUCCUCAUGUGAAGGAGUAAUUGCUUGCCAUUAUAUUUAGUGGUGAUUUCCCAACAAUGUUACUGAUAAUGAGUGCUUAGUUCAGUGCUUACAUACGGUGUGUUCAUAUGAUGUAUCAGGCGGAGGAUUUAAGCCCACAGGGUACUCUCAGCAACUAUGGGAGGCAGAUAUUAUUACAUCAGAUUUUAUCAGGAGGAAACCGAGGCAUUGUGGAGUUAAGAAACUCUUUAAAUGUGACUGUACAGGUAGCUAAUGGGGUAUUCCAGGGGCCAUUCUCAGUCCGCCCGUCCUUUUAUCCCCUCUUAUAGUGACACGGCAGGGAUGCCUUUUCAUAGCUAUGCGCUCAGGAACUCUGACAAUAAAUCUGUUAGAAAUAUGUCACUGCAAUAACUCACAAAUCUGACACAUGAGCCAUUUGCUACUUCUGUCCUGCUACACUGGCAUAAACAAAUAAGGAAGUGUCGGCUGUAAGCAAAGUCACAAAUUCAUGUUCAGGUCGUCUAUGGAUCUAAGGGAUAAAGUCCACCUGGGGCAUUGUGGAGCCCUUUUGUGAAAGAUCUGGUGGCAAAUGGGUGUCCAGGCCAUCUUGAGAGAGACUGGUGGACACGUGGCAUUGUAGCCGCUAUGCCAGGGACAUUCAAGGUUGGGCAUCUUCAGUGUAAAGACAGAGACCCUGAUGGCCCCCAGACAGUUCAUAUUUGGAGGAAGCCAAGAUCCAGACGGGUUGAGUAACUUGGCCAAGGUCACUUAGUUUACGUGUUCGGAGAAAAGGAAUUCCUAAAACUCGCGUGUUGUUUGUCUAACUCAUUCGCAGAGGCUAUCACGUCUAAACAGACACCACGAGCUGACACGGAUGUCAAAAGUCUUUGGAGGAUUUUUUAGGAUUUAGAAGGGCAGUUUCCUCUUACAGAGGUCUGCCUUGGGUGCGCUUUAAGUGUGGUAUGCCGGGCUGAUUGCUAGCAGGGGUGUUAAUAAGGCCAAUUGCGUUGACAACCUUUACUCUGGAUUCUGAAGACUGGAAGGACCUUUGGCUCGCCUGAAGUGGGCUGGCCUUGAGAGAAUGAUAGCUGCACGCAAGACAGCUCUCUUUGCUUGGAGCUCUCUGACCCACAGACAAUUCCCCAAAGUGGCUGGGACCCACUAGAGCCUGAGGCCACACACGCCCAGCUGCCUUUCCUGCCUUCCUGAUUCUUGGCCAAGUCAAGAGCCGGUUCACAAGUGUCAUUCACACACCAGUUGACAACCAAGCUUCAGAGGUUUUCUCAAGCAGUCGCUGCCCUUUCCUGGGGCCGACAGAAAGUAACAUCUAUAAUUGAUGUCCAAGAUUCUGAGAACAUAAACCCUGGUUGCUGUCUUCCCGUGAGAUGGAGCCUGCUGCCGCAGCUCAUUGAGGGUUCUUUCCCUUAGCAUCCUGGGCUGGGAAGUAGGACUUCAGACAGAGAAGAUGCUGAGCUCUAUCAAAUGCGUGUUGGUAGGGGACAGUGCCGUGGGGAAGACCUCGCUACUGGUACGCUUCACCUCCGAGACCUUCCCAGAGGCUUACAAGCCCACGGUGUAUGAGAAUACUGGCGUGGACGUCUUCAUGGACGGCAUCCAGAUCAGCCUGGGCCUCUGGGACACUGCGGGCAACGAUGCCUUCAGAAGCAUCCGCCCCCUGUCCUACCAGCAGGCAGAUGUGGUACUGAUGUGUUACUCCGUGGCCAAUCACAGCUCAUUCCUGAAUCUGAAGAACAAAUGGAUUAGUGAGAUCAGGAGCAAUCUACCCUGCACCCCAGUGUUGGUUGUGGCCACACAGACUGACCAGAGAGAGUCAGGACCCCACAGGGCCUCCUGCAUCAAUGCCAUAGAAGGGAAGAGACUUGCCCAGGAUGUGCGAGCCAAGGGCUACCUGGAGUGCUCAGCCCUUAGCAACCGAGGAGUACAGCAGGUAUUUGAAUGUGCCGUCCGGACGGCUGUCAACCAGGCCAGGAGACGAAACAGAAGGAAGUUCUUCUCCAUCAAUGAGUGCAAGAUCUUCUAAACCCCAAGGUCCUGCGCCCAAUAUUCCCGAACAUACCUCAGAGACUAAUGGGAGAGUGGAAGGAGGCAAGCAAGGGGCUAAUGCUCUUUCUUGGCACAUUUGAACAGCCUUUCUUUCUGGAUGGAGUUACUGGGGAGGUCGGACACUGCUGCCUCCACUAACUGUGCUCUACAGAUACAUUCUUUGCCCAGCACAGCCAGAGAGAUUCCUUGGAAAGCCAUAUAAAUAGUCCAUCUUCAAUGAAAAACUAAAACAACCAUCCUAACUUAGACAAUGGAGUGAAUUUCCCAAGUAUGCCAUAUUUAAACUCACAUUUUAUUUAAAUAAUAAUCAACUCUACAGCUUUUGUUUUCAUGCUUGGGAAGUCUUUGAAAAGGCAAGCUGCUGUAUGAGGGGAAUAACUUUGUGGGGCUCAACCAUAUGUCUGUAAUGCUACGAUUUUCUCCUGAAUCUAAUUUGGUUGAAACGACUUGCGUGCUGUGUUUCUCUGGAUAACCACACUUUCAAAUGACCAUAAACGUGUCCCUGCAACUCGUUUUUCAUUUCCCUAUUACUCAGAGUUGUGUAUAAAAUACAGCUCCAGGCUGUAAGGUAUUUUAACACCGCCAAAUGAAAUUGAACAGUUACUAGGUUUUCUAUGUAAAUACAAAAAAAAUUUCUUAUUUACGAUAUUACCUGUCACUCAGAGAGCUCCAAUAACACACAAAGUAUUUCUUUCUCACUCAGUAAGACAGAGAAGAAAGGCAGAAACAUUUCUGCCAGAGAGUCACACUGUGCAAAGAAACAUCAGCGGAGCUUGGGGACCCAUCUCCUUGCCUGCAUCUCUUGAUGGGGGCUUUGUGAUUGGUUACAGGUCUUGGAAGAAGAGGACAGGCAGAUGUUCUGAACGAUAAUUAAUCUGACAAUGUUGUUCUCAUUUGAAUUCUAAACUAGGCAUGACCUCAUCAUUUAUUAAUUCUAGGACUGAAUUAAGAUAAUUAAAAAGCCAAAUAUGUAUGCAUGUAUGUGUACAUAGAUACAAGGGGAAAGGCAGGAUUUAUAGCUUUUACUGUUUCAUGAAUAGAUAAUCACUUUGAAAAACAUCACAAGUCCCAAGUUUAGAUAAUGAAAAAACCUGUAGUAAUUACUCAAAUAGCAAAGGGUUACCAGUGAAAUACUAAACAAAUAGGACCAUGCGCAGCCACACAACCCUCCAUUCUAAUUGUCUGAAAGCUUGUAUCUCCCGCCUCUUCUACUCCCAGAUUGUCACUUACCAUCCCAGGCUAAUAGCUAGGACCCACUUGAGCCAUCUUUCUUGGAGCCCAGAACUGUUAAGGGAUUGUGUGGUUGUCACCACAAAGGAGCAUCCCUACUGAGGAUUAUGCUGGUAUAAGCAGAUCAGUUUAUCGCGUUGGUUCUCUUCCUGGUUCUUUGUGGUUACAAUCCGGUAAACAUAUCAUCUAAAGAUCCCCACGCUGCCUUCUCCUCUGCCUCUCUCUUCCACACCCAGUCAGAAGCCUGGGACCUGGGUCUUGGGUAGAGGAGUUACCCCCAUAGCAUAGGACUGGUAGGUUUGCUUUCAGCUACUCUCUCAGCCCUCUGGUUCUGGGGUUUGUCCUUGCCUCUGGGCCGCCUGCCUCUCUUGACUUGAGAGUGCUUGUCUUUAGUUCAUUGUCCCAUCGGCAUGAAGGUUGGAACGCUGAAGAACUGUCCAGGCAGGGGAGGAGACAGAGGCUAUAUCCUCCAUGUCCCUUAUGCCCUUCUGAUUUUCUUCUUCAACACACAGAGGUUUUUGUAUUGAUUUAUCUUUUGGCGUGUGUGUUUGGGGAAUUGAAACUUUUUGUUUUGUUCUCACGCUGUAGCCCAGGAUGGCUUCAAGCUUGCAGCGAUCCUCCUGUCCCAGCCUCUCCAAUGCUGUGAUGAUAGGUGUGAGCCGCCAUGCCUGGCUUACCAAAGGUCUUUAACAACAAGCACAGUUUCGAGAUUAAUCUUUGCAAUAUUUUAAAACACACUGAAGAAACGAAUUGCCACACACUAAAUUAGCUGUUCCCUAAUAUUUUUCUUUCUUUCUAUCGAAAAGGGUGGGGCUUGGGGAGCAUCUAAAAGUGGGAAAGAUUGAGGGAGGAAGAGAAAGGGUGGCCAGGGAGGAUGCUAAUGACAUUACUGGAGUAAGGACACAGAGUGACAGGGAGGUCUGCUCUCACACUGGACGGCAGGAAUUUAUGUGUGAAGCCUUCCCGGCAGGCAGCUGGUCCGAACUUAGCCAGUCAGGGGUGGUCUUCCCUGCUAAGCUCUGUGUCCCCAAGGCAGGGCUACCUCCUAAUUAGCUCUGUGUCCCCAGGGCCUAGCACAGGGAAGGAACUAUGAGGUUGUGUCAAAUUUGGCUGGAGAGAGAAAGGCCGAAACUGGGCCUCAAAGCAGUUAGGAGAGGGAAGCAGACCCGAGUAGGCAUGGAAGAGAUAAGGAGGACUUUGUGGAAGAAAGGGCGUACUUCACAGGACUGUAUGUUCAGUUUUACACGUCUACAUGAAGACAUGUGAUUCUUCCCCGUCAAUACUUAUGGUGCUUUUGUUUGUAUGUUUCUCCUUUAUUAUUUCAAGUGACAAGAUUAAAUACGUUCAUGUUUACAUGAAAAAGUG